GUUAUAUCUGCUUACGUAGGUCCUCAGUCGUCGAGUCGGCUUCAUUUAUUUAGGACUCGUAUUGCGCGCGGCCGGUAACAAGUGUGUCACUUUUGUAUAUUAAUUUAAGUUAAAAUAAAAAUGAUUGUUAACAACGUGGUGUAUGGAGGCCCGGCGUUAAAUGUCCCGGGCCAUCUCUCCUACGCUCAGUAUAUUUUGGAUAAGUUAAAAGAAAAUAGCGCUGGUGACGACGUUGCUUUGGUAAAUGGCGAAACUGGUGUCAAAACAACUUUCAAACAAAUAUACCAAGAGACUGUAAAUGCUGCUAAUGGUUUGAAAAAGUUAGGAGUGAAAAGAGGCGAUGUUGUCGGUAUUUGCAGUGAAAAUAGAGACGAGUAUAUUGCAGCUGCGCUGGGUGUCGUGUGUUGCGGCGCAACUAUCACCACUUUCAACCUUAUGUAUUCUAAAGAUGAAUUCCAACACGUGUUGAAUAUUUCAAGACCUAACUUGGUAAUUUGUUCUGAAGUGGCGCUUAAAUUACAUCAUGGAGUCUUAAAAUCACAGUCCUCUAUUAAAAAUAUAAUACAAUUGAAUGGAGCCCCCUUAGCGAGUGGCAUUCUUGCAUUCCGCAACAUCCUAGAGCAAAGUGAUGCUUCGAUCUACGAGCCGGCUGAGGUCGAAGGCUGGACGGACACUGUGUUCAUACUGUACUCCUCGGGAACAACUGGUUUACCCAAAGGAGUUAUGUUGACACAUCUUAAUGCUUUGUACGCAGCAGCGAAUUUCGAAGCACGCGAUACAAAGGACGACAAUUUUUCAAGGAUUCUCUCCAUAAUACCUUGGUUCCAUGCUUAUGGAUUAAUAUCAACUAUAAACUACUUAACUACAAAGAAGACGUUAAUAUACUUCUCCAGUUUUAAUCCACAAAAGUAUUUGGGUGCUAUUCCAGAAUACAAGGUGAACGUAUUGAUUGCCGUCCCGCCAAUAGUUGUAUUUUUAGCGAAGGCUCCCAUUGUAGAAAAAUAUGAUUUAUCUUCAGUGAACGUAGUGUGGUGCGGUGCGGCACCAUUAAGUCCGGAGACUAUUAAUGAAGCUUUGAAAAGGAUGCCCAGUUGCUUAGGAAUAUUUCAAGCGUAUGGCAUGACAGAGACGUCGCUGGCAGCUACGCAGGAUGUGAGUGAGGAGACCGCACUCCCCAAACCGGGCAGCGGCGGCUAUCCGCUACCUGGCGUCAAAGCGAAGGUGGUAGACAUAGAGAAUCGUCGUAAGCUCGGUCCUAAUCAAGAAGGCGAGAUUUGUCUGAAAGGUCCCGUUGUAAUGAAAGGCUACGUGGGUGACGAAGCUGCGUCACGGCAGAUGAUCGACGAGGAAGGUUACCUCAAGACUGGAGACAUAGGCUAUUACGACGCAGAUGGUUGUUUCUACGUAGUAGAUCGGUUAAAAGAACUGAUCAAAUAUAAAGGAUAUCAGGUGCCGCCUGCAGCGUUGGAGCGCGUGAUCCUGCAGCACAGCGCGGUGGCCGAGUGCGGCGUGGUGGGCGCGCCUGACGAGGUCGCCGGUGAACUGCCAACCGCCUUCGUCGUCCUCAAGCCCGGCGCCAAGCUCACCGAGGCAGAACUAUUGCGCUUUACCGAUGAAAGGUUGUCGUCUACAACGAGACUCCAUGGGGGAAUUAUAUUCAUUUCUGAAAUACCAAAAAAUCAGUCGGGAAAGAUAUUGCGUCGCGCUCUCAAGGCUCUACUGCAAGAAAAGAAAAAAAGCAAAUUGUGAUUGAUUACUUUUAUUGUUUUUAAUUCCAAAUUUAUUUGUUGUUAUACUAUAUUUUAUUUAAGUUCAGCGACUUGUAUUUGAUUGGUUUUGUAUUUUAUAAUAUUAAAACUUCAGAGUU